AGGCUGCAGCGGAAUGGCGGCGAGCACAGAGCGGCAGGCAGGCAGGCGGGCAGGGCGUUUCGGGCCAGAGGGAAGCCUCCCGCGUUCCCCGGCAGAGCUGCGUUCUUUGUCUCUCGCAGCAGAGGAGUUUGGGCAGCUGCAGGGAUGGAUUUGCCUGCACUCAAGCUGCUGCUGCCAGAGCCCCUCCGUGUCAAUCUGUGCUGCCGUUGGGUUCUGCAGCUCUCUCCAGCAAGCAUGGCAUGAGCUGAAGGAGCAGCAGGAGCAGCAUGGCCGUUCCCCAGGCAGCAGGAGGGUUCAGCCCAGCACCAGCUCAUGCGGGAGGAGCAGAUGCUGAGGAACAUCCCCCACGAGACGCAGGUGGCCAAAGAGGCUGGGUCAGGAGAGUCCCAUUUCAUUCUUGAUGCUUUCUUUAAGAGAGGCAUACAACUGAGCUCCCUCAGAGAAGCAGCAUGAAGUGCAUGAAGGAUGCUGGCUGCACUCAGUACAGACAAGGCACAUUGGAGUGCCAAAAAGGAGACCUUCUUCACCUGCUUCUCCUGUGCAAGCUCUUCUGUCUGUCUGCUGAGAUGUUUCUGCCUGUUUCUCUGGCAGAGAAGUGUUUGCUUUUUGGGCUGGCGAGCUGACCAUCCGUACUACCGUCGCCUUGAAUGCCUCCAACCAGCAGUGUUUGCUGCCAGACAGACACCUGGAGAAGACAGAGGACAUGCUGCGGUGGCUCCGAUUGUUACGCCGUGUGAUUUAUCUUCCUGUCCUGGCUGUCUUCCCGUGCUGGGUGCUGGCAGUGAAUACGUGGUGAGGAGUGCUUGGGGUGUGCCAUCCUUUGCUGUUCUCACUGUGGGAACUCCAAGAGCCAUGGAAUGGGCACAGGCUGGUGAUGGACUUCUGCAACGAAGCAAGAGAGUCAUCUAUGAGGCCAAGGCUGCUGUAAUGAUAAACCAAGAGCAAGUGCGACUGAAAGAGCUUUGCAGAAAGCAGGAGUCAGCCACCUGCCACCCAUCCCCUCCUGACCCCAACCCCAGAAACCCAAAGCAGCACUUGGCACAGGAGGUCUCUCGUGUUGCAGUCUCAACUUCAAGCCCUGGAAUACUUUGCUUCAGCCAGCAGCAUGGGGUUGGAUACCAACAGCAGAGUCGACUUAACCUGUGACUAAGUGAACUUUAAGUGUUCUGACUCCACAGUGGAACCUGAUAAAGAAAGAUGUGAAUGGAA